CUCCGAACUCAAACCUACAAGUCCUUCCUCUAUUUCCCUUCUUUUCCCAUCAAAAUAAUUGCGGUAACGACAACGUGCAAGAGGUUCUCGACAGAGUUGGUGUGGAUUUUUUAAAUUUAGUCACUUCAACAAUAUAUUCAUUACUAUAUAUUUGUUCAGCGAGAUACAUUUACUUAUGUGGAAGUAGAGUAGGAGAUUGAUUGCUCAUUUUCGAAAGAAGAAUUUUCAAUUGUGAAAAUUUUUCAAACUCCUGGAUUUUCUGAAUGUUAAAAAUGUCUCUACGUCAGUUCAUCAUAAUCCUGAGUAUAUUUACUUGGUGUGCAUAUAUCGAUGCAGGAAGACAAGUCAGACCCCUCGAUUGCGAAAAAUACGUAUUUCAUCCCCACUGCAGAGGCACCCAGGCACGUAAACGGAUGAUUUCACAAAUAAAAAACGAAAACACUGAGCAGCCGUGCACUUGUGGAGGCGGCAAAGAUGAUCAUGCCAAUGCUAUUCCUAAUGCCAAGUUAUUGGAAGCUAUCCUGGCAAACGGAUUUGACGUGAACACGAUUUACAACGCUUACGCCGCGACAUCAGAUCGACAUAGGGAUUACCAUGACAAUAGUAGAGACCGAGGAAAUCAGCGGAGGAGGUCCAUGAUUGACAACUCAGUUGAUGUACCAAAUACUGAUCUGGAAGUGGAUUACUAGAAAAACAAAAAAAUGAACAACGUUUAACAAAAAAAAAACUUCUUACUCCUUUGUGACGUGGCUAAUUGAAAUUUUUUUUAAAUAUUGCACGACAACUUUCAACGACGAGAACGAAUCAAAACAUAUGAAUUAUCAAUUUGAUUAAAAUUUAUUAACAACAUUCCCGAAUGAGUCAACACUCUGCAGUUAAUGAAAAUUACGUUUGGUGAAAUCAUUGAAAUUUCAAUUGAAAAAUAAUUAAACGUACUAAGUGCGUUA